CGGGAUUGUGGGCGAGUGCGUGCGUUCGUGCAGCCACAGACAGGCGUCCGGGCACCAUGUCUUUCACCGGCACGCAGGACAAGUGCACGGCGUGCGACAAGACCGUCCACUUCAUCGACCUCCUCACGGCCGACGGCGCCAUCUACCAUAAGACAUGCUUCAAGUGCAGCCACUGCAAAGGGGUCCUCUCGAUGUGCAGCUACUCCUCCAUGGACGGUGUGCUGUACUGCAAGACCCACUUCGAGCAGCUCUUCAAGGAGACCGGGAGCUUCUCCAAGAACUUCACGCCAGGUGGCAAGUCAUCAGACAAGGGUGAACUGACAAGGGCCCCAAGCAAGCUGUCGUCUGCAUUUUCUGGUACCCAGGAUAAGUGCGCAGCAUGCCAGAAAACAGUGUACCCGCUGGAGAAGUUAACUCUGGAAGGCGAGUCCUACCACAAGAGCUGCUUCAAGUGCUCGCACGGCGGCUGCAUCCUGACCACCUCCUCUUAUGCCGCGCUCAACGGCGUCUUGUACUGCAAGAUCCACUUCGCGCAGCUGUUCAUGGAGAAGGGGAGCUACAACCACAUGAACAAGAAGAGCCCGUCCCAGGAGGUUCUGCCGGACGUGGCUGACGAGGAGCAACCGCCGGAACCAGCGCCACCGCAAGAUGAGAAAGAAGAGGACAACUAGGAUCGGAGCGACCAACAACCACCCAUGCAUAUAUAUCACGCAGACUGAAGUCUACACGUUUGCCAUAUUUCUUUACGACGACGACGCUUCUUUAUUCCCUCCUCCCUUUUUUUUCCUCUUAAUCUCUCUGUGAACCCGGUUUAUCAUCACGCUGCAAUCAAGUGUGCCAGAUGCCUUCGUUACGUCUGAGGCUCACGACAAUGGAAAAUCUGACAUGGACCUGUCUUAGCCUCGCGGAAAAAAAUUGUAACUUUGUAAGCAGAGCCACUUCUUUGAAUAUAUGAUCCUAACAACGCUGCCCUUAAUACUUAUGCAGUUGUUCUAUACUUC